AACGUAAUACACUAUAUAUUACUAAUAUUUCUUCUGAAGAGAGUAACGACCGAAAGACGUCAAUAGGUAAUCUCAGACAUAUCUAGGAUAGGUAAUUCUUGCUAAUGCUACUGGAGACAUAAAUAAAUAUGCGUACCUAAGCGUCUCUUAACAAUUACCACUAGCUAUAACCAUCAUAUUUAUAGCUAUCCAAUUAAGUAUGGACAUAUUCAUAUAGCAUAUUUAUCAUACAAUCCAUAUAUUGGAAUGAUUAUUUAUGUUGAUACGUUUCAGCUAUACACAUAUUGGCACUGCAUGCAUGAACGUUCUCUAUUACAUCAUACCGCCGUUUGUUUUGUAUUUUGUUUGUAAAAGCAAUUUGCACCUUAACGAUAAUUAUUCCGUAGCAUGACUUCACUGUUAGUCAUGGACCAUGCGUUUUAUGCUUCAUUCUUCCUUCUCAGCUCUGCAUUUGACUUGUGGAAAGUUUCCUAUGUGUAAUUUUCGACAUGAUUUAGUAAAUAUUUUUGUAAUACUUAUUAAGAUUUUAAUUGAGUUAGUGUAGCCGAUCUAAUGUCUGGGGACAUUGAACUCGAAAUUAAACCGUCCCCACUACCCUUAAAAUAUCCCUUGCAUCUCGCUGCUCAAUCUGGGCAGAUUAGUGAUCUCGUACAAUUGCUGCCAAAUAUCUCACCAUUCCAGCAAGACCUGAAUCACCGCACGGCGUUGCAUUAUGCAUCGAAUUACGGUAACAAGCACAUUGGGCUCGAGAUGGCCACCCUUAUCCUCAAUUCCCCUGCAGUUUCCACCAUAGAGAUGAAAACAGAGCUAAUAAACGUUCAAGAUGAAAAUGGCGAGACAUCCCUUCAUCUUGCGGCAAGAAUUGGGCACCGGAGAAUAGUUGAGCUAUUUCUUUUCGCUGGAGCGGAUGUGAAUAUUAAGUCAGAUCAAGGUAUCGAACCAAUCCAACUGAUUUAUGAAAAGGUCCCAUACGCCAUGUGUGCUGUGUUCGAUACAGCCAUUCAAUACAGGAGUGGGGACGUUGGGGAUGAAAAUUAUGAAAUCGUGAUGGACUUUGGCCCGAUAGUUGGUUAUCCAGCUGAAGACGAAAAAGAUGAGCCCCUCCUCAUCGAAUCUGGAAUGUUGGCUUAUCCCCUAAAAAAUGGGGAGCGCCAAUGCAAGGAAAUCCUCCUGCAUCCACUCGUCCAACUAUUUCUCGAGCAGAAAUGGAAGAAAAUUCGUCCCUUGUUCUGGACAGGGAUCAUCCUCCACAUUCUCUGGCUUGGUGUAUUUUCCGCAUUUUUAAGCAUACUGUACCACAAAAACUGCCCCUACGUACCAGAAGUGGCUAACCAAACUGAUAUUAUUUGUCCAUGGUCGUUCUACCCGAAUUCCGUCCCAUGGGCGCUUGCCACCAUUGUGAUCUCUAGCUUAAUGCUGGUCAAAGACAUUUUGAGCAUCAUAUCGCUCCCACGAGGAAUUUAUUUUUUCACAAAGAUCGAAAACUUGGGCCAUCUCGUCAUCCUCGGACUCGUUAUCAUCACCACGUAUCCGGAAUGGACAGUUUCACAAGAUAACCAAAUUACUCUGCACGUCUGGCAAUAUCAAGCCGCCGCUGUGGGCGUGUUUCUGGCCUGGACUCUGAUUUUAGGACAAAUUGGAAAAACGCCCAGACUUGGGAUUUAUGUCGAAAUACUGUCCCGAGUUUUGAAAAGUUUUGGACUAUUUGUUCUCACUUUCAUCUCAGUGUUGAUAGCGUUCGCAUUAUCCUUCGCAAUAUUAAUGCCGCAACAACCAGCAUUCUCCACUCUGCCGCUAGCACUGUCAAAAGUGCUCAUAAUGAUGACGGGAGAACUCUCGCACGAAAUAUUUUACGAGCUUGACCCCACCAACUCGAUGACUGUGGGGGUCAUGGGUCACCUAUUUUUCGUCAUGUUUGUAAUCACAGUGACCAUAAUCCUUUUCAACCUGCUCAUCGGUUUAACUGUGAGUGAUAUUCAAGGACUUCGAGCUGGUGCACAAGUUUCACUUUUGUGGUGCAGAUUGGAACAAAUUUAUUUCAUGGAGUGUUUCAUCUUUGGAAAAUACGUGGUUCACUUGGCAAGUUUGGCGCAAAUUGGGACAGAUUUUUUUAAGAAAUUUCAAAUCGCGAAGGAUUCUGGAGGAGAAAUGUAUGUCCAUGUGUUUCAAAAGUCCAAGAUACCGAAAGAUUUGCAAUCUCAAGUUAAAGAUUUAUCUACUAAAAAUAUGGCUGGAAAAAAUAACUGAAUAACUUGCAACUACCGUAAAUGAAAAUUCGUGGAAGGAAAGAUUAAACACGGGGCCGUAAUUUAUGUAUGCACUUCUCACAGCUAUUAUGUGCAUAUACUUCGUCUAUGUCUAUGUACAUACGUAUGCAUUUUAAGUUUGCACUUAAACUUUACUGCGUCGUUUGCAAGUAAUGUGAAAACGAAUUUUUAAUAUGUCACGUUUUUAUCAUCCACAUUUUAAUUUUAGCAACAACGCCUUCUAAAUAGUUUACCACACGUUUAUUUGUCACGUCCUGAAGCUAUAUCAUGAAUAAAGAAAUGCAAAUGAUUCGAUGGUGAUGUCAAUUUUUGGGAAAGUAUGACGCAUUAUUUUGAACCAAACUAGCCAAAUUUACCUUGUAACACGGUGACAAUGAAUUAAUUUGCACCUUCAUUAGAUGCUGUUUCUCUCUUCAGAUAGAUUUAUACCCAGUUGAGCAUGAGCUGUGUCUUGCACUUGUACAAGAUUAGCAGCAAUUGACUGGAAGAGGUGUAACAUCAGAUAAAGUGCAUACAUCAGUGAAAAUAAAUUAUUUUCUUAAAAAUAAUGGGGUUCGUCAACAAGUUAUCUGUUUACAUCGUGCUGUUCCUAGUGUUAACUUGUGUCAUGAUGUCAACCGUGCAAGGCAGAUCGGUUUUCCAACCAGGCAAGUAUAUUUUUCGGGGCACAACUACAAAUCCCAACGCAGGAAGACAACAAUCCAGUGGGACCAUGCAAAACGGAAUGUGCGUCUGCUCCGUAAAAUGAUUCGCAGCUUUUAAGAAGUAAACUGUUAGUAAACUGAGAUUUAUGUGUAAAUGUGUUCAUAGAACAAUAGAUGAUACGGUAGAGGCGCAUUUAUCAGAGUAGACACUAUCUAUUUAUUGUCUUCAAAUUUUUCCAUUAAUCACUAACGAAAGAAUAAAUAUGUACAUACGUAAGUAAAUAGAAAUGCAGCGCGUGUAAUUUAUCACGUAUUAUUUCCUGUAUUGAUCAACAAUACGUACGCCACGAUUAUUUAUAAAUAAGAUUUUAAACAACAAUCCGUAGUAAGUAAGUAAGUUUAUAAAGUGAAAGUGAAUCAGACGCGAUAAGGUCCACAUCACGUCAUAUUAAGCAAUCAUCUCAAUAAUGCUCACUGCACAGAAUAUUGAUAUUGCAUACACAGUAACAAUAAGUAUCGAUGAUAGGUAAAUGCGGAUCACUCGUGGAUUGAGAUUACAUAAUGUGCAAUCCUAAUUCCACAUUGUGGGUUGGCAAUUUAUGCAUUAUUAUGAACGUCCUGUAUGCAGUACUAAUCCAAUCUAAACUUGCUACACAGUUUACCUUAAUUCGUCACAGCACAGGACCGGAUUAGUAUAUAAAGACGAUUUUCUGUGCCAAUAUUGUGAUUCUUGACCGACAUGAGAAACGAUUUAUACACAUAUUUAAAAACUCUCGGAUAUAAAAUUUAAUAUGAAGUUUUCCUUAAUUUUGCUUGUCAUGGGUAUCCUACUCGUGGAAGCCAUGCCACAGUACGACGACGGAGGGGAUGACGGAGACGAUGGGGGUCACUUCGACGCUGGAGGAGAUGAUGGUGGUCAUGACGACGGUGACGAUGGCGGCCAUGACGAUGGUGGAGGGGAUCAUGACGGUGAUAGCAAUCGUAAUCCACACCCGCCCGGUCAUCCAGGUCAUCGGGGAGACGGAGGUGGAGAGGACGGACCGUCACGAUCUCAAGGAUACCAACGGCGACCUUUACUCUUUUAAGGAAAUAAUGCCAUCGAUGGACAGGACGCGACUUUGUCGACUUUUCACGCAUAAUUUGGCUGACAUUGAUCAUAGAAAAAUUCAAUGGCUUUUGUGAUAAUUAUUGUGACAUUGUCUUGUUUCUUUACGCUGAGUCGGCUGUGUUCUUAUUGAUACCGAGACAAGUACAAAAAUAAUAAUCCUUGUGAAAAAAGGAUGUUAAAUUGAA